UCGGGGAGCGUUAAUGGCAAGAGCUGAGGAGUGGAGGGACAAAGUGCAGCAGGCGACAAGGUUUGAUUAGUCAUCAUGAAAAAUCUAUUCGUGUCUUUUUCUGUGUAUAUAUAUGAUUGUCGUAAGUAGAGUUCGUCAAAGUCAAGGUGGCAGUAUCAGGACAACCUUUUCCGUGUAACAAUUUCUGAUCAUAUUACUUCCAAUCUUGCCUCAAACCCCAGAAAAUAUCACCGCUGUUUAGACAUACAAGCAGGUAACAGUAGGCUCCUGGCGAUCCUAUAUAGCUGGAUGGCGUCGGUGGGAGGAGGGAGUAGUUGGGAUGAGGUGAGAGCUCAUCAUCAAGAUUAUAAUCAGUGGGAGAAUUACAAUAGCGGCGGUGGGGUGAGCGAGAUUGAAGAGGAGCCGUCCACCGGAGAAUUUGAUAACAACAAUAUUAAUGGGGGUAACCAUCCUCUGGAAAGCAUCAGAGAGGAAAGCGUGUAUUCCUUGGGAAGCGGGGAAGACGCCGUGUACGUGGCGGUGGGGCGGCAGAGCGAGGAAACAAGCAUGGAUGCCCUGAGAUGGGCGCUGAAUAACGAGGUUGAUCCAUCGUCGACUGUUGUCUUUCUCAUUCAUGUCUUUCCUGAGACUAAGUACAUCCCCUCUCCAUUGGGAAAGCUGCCGAUUAGCCAAGUGAACGGUGAGCAGAGGGAGAAUUAUUUGGCUCAAGAAAGAGGAAAGACAAGAGAGUUUCUGCAGAAGUUUGUUGACGUCUGUUCUGCUUCCAGCCAGAAGCAGCAAGUGAAAGUGGAGACGAUACUGAUCGAAAGCGACAUGGAAGCAAAAGCCAUAGUAGACCUCAUUCCUAUACUCAAUAUCAGAAAGCUGGUGGUAGGCACCACAAAGUCCAAUCUCAGGAGGAUGAGAUCACGGAGAGGCAAUGGAUCUGGAGUUGCUGAUCAGAUACUCCAAAAUGCACCUGAAUUUUGCAAUGUUAUCAUCAUAUGUGAAGGAAAGCAGAUCUCUGAGCUGCCCCUCAACCUCGACCCCCCUUCUCCCUCUCUCUCACCCCGUGCAACUGAGCGGCCUCCCAAAUUUGCUCAAGACCAACCUCCUAAUGACAUUACAUCUUGUGGUUGCUUCAAACUGUAAGAAAGCAACAGCGGGGAUAGCUCAGUUGGGAGAGCGUCAGACUGAAGAUCUGAAGGUCGCGUGUUCGAUCCACGCUCACCGCAUUUUGCAUUUUCUUCCCUUGCUUUUCGGUUUUAUAUUUCUUAUGGCCAUUCUCAUACAACAAACACCACAUUACAGAAGGUGGAAUAACUGUUGGAUACUCUCUGUGUUUUCAGACGUACUGAUGUAUGUUAUAUAGCCGAUAUUUCGGAACGAAUGAAUUUGCAUUUAUUUGCUCCAA